CAAUACAAGUUGCCACGAAAAUUAUUCUAUUUACAAGUUUUUACUCAAAAUAACCAGACAGAUCUAAAAUUAUUGUCAAUACGAUCUCAAUAUUCGAUGCAGUUAAACCGUAAAUAGUUGUGAUUAAGCCUAAGAUGUUAUCCCAUAAUCAUAAUUGCAAGAAUAUUUGAAUGAUGCUCACAUAAAAUCCGAAACAAUCCAAUAUACAACGCAGAAAUGGCCUAUCAUCGACCUGCCGAAGGAAAUUACUCCGAAGAUGAGUUUGAAUCUCGCGUUGGCAGUGAUCUGGACAGUAAACCAACCUAUUUGCUGGAACAUUUGGCCACAUUCACGGUGAACAAAGAUUCGGGCAUCGUUUAUCCGGCUGAUGGAAUGAAUCGGCUGUUACAAUUGGAAAAGACAACGGGUAUUUGGUCGCAGAAAAUGCAACUGUGUUUGGACCGGCAAUGGAUACUGAUAGUUGACUAUGAAACGGGGAAAGUUAUCGAAAGAUUUCCGGCUACACUAAUCCAAGAACCUACUGCCUUCACCAGCGACGCACCUCUAGACAUGUACAACAAUGUGCUGGUUUUCAUUGUUGGAGGUGGAUCUGGUGCCCGAUCUGAAAUGCACAUUUUUCAAUGCCAAAGUAUAUCAGCCGUGCAAAUCGUAGAAGAUCUGAAAAUGUUACGAAGUGGAAAACUGGUUAGCCAACAUCGUGAGCCAAACACUGCUGUUACCAAGAAACCGUCCAACACCGAAUCAUAUCACCAAUAUACUCAGGACAGUGAUUUCGAGACGAAUGCUCCAUUGAACGACGAGACCAGUUCCACGUCUAGCGACCGUUACGAAAAAGAUGUCUUUGUUCUAAAUCAUUGCUUUGACGACAUCGAAAAGUUUAUCGCUCGACUGCAACACACGGCUGCAGCUGCUCGCGAAUUGGAACGACGCAUUUACAAUCGAAAGUCAAAAAAACGAGAUCCUGGCGAAGGAUUGCUAACGUUGCGAACGAGACCGCCGCACGAGAAGGAAUUCAUGGACAUUUUCUCCAAAUUCAAAUUGUCGUUCAAUUUGCUGGCCAAGCUUAAAGCUCACAUCCACGACCCGAAUGCACCCGAAUUGGUUCAUUUUCUGUUCACGCCACUCGCACUGAUCGUUGAUGCAUCACAUGAUACCGAAUACGAUGUGAAGAUACCGGAACGGGUGAUCGAUCCAUUGCUGACACGAGAGGCUAUAAAUCUAUUGAUAAACUGUGUGACCAGCAAGGAAACCGAAUUAUGGAGAUCGUUAGGCGAGGCUUGGACAGUUCCUAGGGACCAAUGGAAAGGACAUGUUGGCGCUUAUCAUCCGGUGUUUUUUGACGGUUGGUCACCGGACUUUUCAAUGGUUGACGAAUCAGAUGGGAUUCGGAUAAUUACACCGCCAAAGUUGACGCGACACGCUGAACCGCCACAAUUUUCGACCGAAUACGAAUACGACCCCAAAUACAAUCCGCCGGCAAGUCCGGGCUUUCGGGAUUUUAGUGUACGCAGUGACAUUUCCAAUGAUUCGAUUGAAAGAACGAAUGCAACGCAUGAUCAAUCGUCGACACUCGGAUGGUUGGAAGACAUUCAAUCACGGCAUGGAAAAAUCGCUCAAGUCACUUAUCCUCGGACGGCUAACAAUGACAAAGAGUUGUCCGUUGUUCGUGGGGAAUUUAUUGAGAUUCUUGAUGAUACGCGAAAGUGGUGGAAGGUGCGAAAUAUACUAGGCCAAAUCGGUCAUGUGCCUCAUACGAUAGUUACGCUGUACGACUAUAACGACCAGCAUGCUGUCCUGUACAAUUCUAAUAAAGCUGGUAAUUAUGGACGCAGUCGAUCCAGCAGCAAAAUCCACAGUUAGACAAAUAGUUUAAAACAAACAAAACAAAAGAAAAGACACCCAACCAAUCAUUAAACCAUAGAUACAACACGAGUUACUCAUUUACACCGAAAAACGUUAAUUACAAUUUGUACUUAAAAUAGUUAUGUAAGCACUAGGGUGGCGGGUAUUGGAUAGAUUGAUUUUAUUUUUUAUUUAAAUUAGAAAGUUUAUUUUAG